CGCAUAGCAGGAGCCAAUCAUGUUGUUGCAGGGCGUGUCCUGACACGGAAACGCGUGACCACACAAACAAGGUCCAAAACAACAACAAAAACAAGAGGCUCGACUCGAAAGGUGCUUUACAAAACAAAACAAACAAAAAAAGAAAAAUCUAAAAGAUUUAUCUGGUGAAAUACAAUGACUGCUAACCUUGAACUUCAGUUCUCACUUACCUGAAUCGGGACUUUGGUCGCGCGCCGUUCCCGACCUCGGCUGGCGCUAAAGCUAGCAGCUAGCCGAGUUGUUUAUUUUGCUCUCUGGUUGUGCGAUGGUAGCAAGAAAAGCGGCCGGUGAUGCGAACGCAGCUUUCAGAUAGUUUGUGACUGGCUUAUUGAGCCCAUAAAGACCAAAAAACAAAGCAUCCCGAGGAUGGCGUCCACCGAAGGCGCCGUCGAGGACACGUUCGGCCGGGAAAAUCCGAGGUCACAAAGAGCCAAGAAGCAAACGGCGAAUAAGAAGAAAAAGGCCCGCGCGAAUAGGACGGCCCAGCCCAGCUACACCGUCCACCAGGGCGAGGACAUGCUGCUGGUCAUAUCCAGCAGCACGUCGCAGUACGACGGCUCCCUCGCGCGAUUCAAGAAGAAGCGAGGCAGGAAGAAGAAGAUCGUUAUCGCGCCGGCGAAGAAGAGAAAGAGCAAAGCGUCGGUAGACACGGCGGACGUCGAGGAGAUGCCCGCCGACCGCAGAUGGGGGGAAAGUCUUCCCGAGGAGGUUCUGGUCAAUAUUUUUAAGAUGGUGGUCACGCAAGAUGGCGCCGUCCCCUUCCUCUGCAGGGCGGCAAGGGUGUGCCGGCUGUGGCACGCCGCCGCCGCCACGCCGGCCCUGUGGCGGAAAGUCGCCGUCGGUCGCUGCUGGAUCGCACCCGGCAAAAGUCAGCAGCCAAAAGUGCGCCGUCAAAUUCAAGACACCGUAGACUGGCUGGCACAGAACAGAUUCUCUCAGUUGCGGGAAUUCUCGCUCCAUCAUUGGACCGCGAAUGUCGACCACGCGAUGGAUGUGGUGUCGCAGUUCUGCCCUCACUUGAGCGCCCUCACGCUCUCCUUCUGCACCGGGCCGAAGGAGGCGGGCUUCCAGAGCCUGGGCCGCCACGGGCGCUCGCUGCGGAGCCUGAACCUGCAGCACACCGAGUUCCAGUUGGAAGGUUUUCUGGCUUACCUGGACGGCCACGGCGCGCAGAUCCAGCAGAUUUGGUUCACUCACAGUUGGAAGAACGACCGAAUCCUCGCCGGCAUCUCGGUAAGGAAAGCGUCCGGUUCCGCCUCUCCAAUAACUCGGAAAACGGAGCUUCCCUCCCUCCCGCCGCGUUUCUGGUUUCAGAGGGGAUUGUGUCCGCAUCUGGAGCUGCUGGAGGUCAACACGAGGCUGGAUAGCAAAGACAACGAACUGGCCGUCUGCGUCCAAGCGCUCCAGAUGGCUUGCCCCAAACUCAAGACUUUCCGACUGCUGAACGUCCGCCCGGUGCACAAGACCGUGCGUAGUGCUGCCGAAUUCCCUGCGGGUUUCCCUCUGCUGGAGGAGCUGUGCAUCGCCACGGCGUCGUACUCCUACGUGACCGACAGAUACCUUCGCGACAUCCUCUUUGGCUCCCCCGGGCUGCGAGUGCUGGACCUGCGGGGCUGCUCGCACAUCACGUCGGCGGGUCUGGCGGCAUUGCCCUGUCUUGAACUGGAGUGCCUGUUUUGGGGUCAGUAUUUCAGCAGUCCCGUGGUCUCGUCGUCCUUGAAGAAGGGCCUCCACGCCGUGGCGCAGAAGUGGAAGGACACGUUGCGGGAACUGGACCUGGCCAAUCAGCUUUUCUCCGAGGAGGACCUGGAGUUAGCCAUGCUCCAGCUGGCCCGGGCCAACAACCCCAACACCCUGCACUCCCUCAACCUGAGCGGGACCAGAAUCACGGCGGCUGCCCUGAGGCCUCUCAUCGGCCAAACGACGGCGCUGGACUACCUCAAUCUGUCCUCCUGUCGCUCUCUACCCAGGGGGCUGAAGAGGCUUUACCGGGGACAAGAAGCCAUUCGCCAGUUGCUCGACACAUUGGAGUAGAGUCCAGAUCAUGAGGUGCCCCGUUAAGAUUCAGAAACUUUUGUAAAAGGCCUCAGCGCAGACUGGAUUCAUUCAGUUUUGGAAGUUAUUUCGUUUAAGUUUUUGGUUGAAAUAAAUGUUGACUGUUCCCUUC